AUGGCGAAACCAAAGGGAGCCCCUACUUUUAUAUUUCCAAGAGUAGCUCACUGUGCAUCAAUUGGGCGUGAAAAAGAUACGGUUGUGGCGGACAUGGAUGGAACCCUGCUAAGAGGACGAAGCUCUUUCCCUUACUUUGCAUUAGUUGCCUUUGAAGUUGGUGGGAUAUUAAGGCUUCUCUUCUUGCUUUUAGCUUCCCCCAUAGCAGGGAUCCUUUACUAUUUCAUCUCAGAAUCGGCGGGUAUUCAAGUCCUAAUAUUUGCAACCUUCGUGGGAAUGAAAGUGUCGGAUAUCGAAUCCGUGGCUCGAGCUGUUUUGCCCAAGUUUUACUCCACCGAUUUGCAUCCCGAGACUUGGAGGGUGUUCUCUUCAUGUGGGAAAAGAUGUGUGCUUACGGCCAACCCAAGGGUUAUGGUGGAUCCCUUUUUGAAGGAUUAUUUGGGAGCUGAUUUGGUUAUUGGAACUGAAAUCCAUGUGUUUAAAGGUAGAGCCACUGGUUUAGUGAAGAAUCCUGGGGUUCUUGUGGGAACAAAUAAGGCUGAUGCACUUGAGAAUGCUUUCAAAGAUGAGCCUAUCCCCGAUAUUGGUCUUGGGGAUCGAAAGACUGAUUAUCCUUUCAUGAAAUUGUGCAAGGAAAGUUAUGUGGUUCCAGCAAAGCCUGAAGUUGAUCCGGUAAGCCUCAACAAACUACCAAAACCAGUAGUUUUCCACGAUGGCCGACUUGUUCAAAAACCAACCCCACUCAUUGCACUUCUCAUCAUCCUUUGGAUCCCCGUAGGCUUCCUCCUUGCCUGCCUCCGCAUUGCCGCCGGCGCACUCCUUCCCAUGCCGUUAGUCUAUUAUGCGUUUUGGGCACUUGGUGUACGAGUUUACAUCAAAGGCAACCCACCCCCACCGGCUAAAAAAUCAAUAGGUCAAACCGGAGUCCUUUUCAUAUGCUCUCAUAGAACCCUACUUGACCCUAUCUUCCUGUCCACAGCUGUAGGCCGUCCGAUACCGGCCGUGACAUACUCCGUAUCGAGAUUAUCUGAAAUCAUCUCACCUAUUAAGACCGUCCGUCUCAGCCGUGAUCGCGCCACGGAUGCUUCCUUGAUUAAAAAGCUAUUACAAGAAGGCGACCUAGUUAUUUGCCCCGAAGGAACAACAUGUAGGGAACCGUUUUUACUAAGGUUUUCGGCUUUAUUUGCGGAGUUAACCGACGAACUUGUUCCGAUCGCAAUGGCGAACCGAAUGAGCAUGUUCCAUGGAACAACAGCUAGGGGGUGGAAAGGGAUGGACCCAUUUUACUUCUUCAUGAACCCUAGCCCAACUUAUGAAGUAACAUUCUUGAACAAGGUGCCAUAUGCUUUAACUUGUAGUGGUGGGAAAUCAAGCCAUGAAGUUGCCAAUUAUAUUCAAAGAAUUGUUGCUGCAAGCUUAUCAUAUGAAUGUACAAGUUUUACCAGAAAAGAUAAGUACAGGGCUUUGGAUGGAAAUGAUGGCACUGUGGUUGAAAAACCAAAGCUUUCUCCUAGUAAGGUCAUGGGCUGCUAG